AUGCCUUACUCUACUACUUCCUCAGACAACCUGGUCUCCGGUCUUCGAGCUGCAGAGAAGGGCCUGGCAGACCACCCGACACGUGUCGUGGACCUGAAGACAGCUCUGGCAGUCAAGGGCAUCGGCCCGAACAUUGGAAAGAAGAAACCUGCCAAGGAAUAUGUCCCUGCCAUCGGCUCAGCCAAUUAUGCCUUCCUCAUCGUCAUGUAUCAGGCUGCUGUGGGGCCAGAGCAGCUGUGUGAGCUGACCAAGUCGGAGCUGAUGGAGCGGGCGGAGAGGAGUGGCCUGGCGGAUCGACCCAUUAUCGGAGACGGACCUGGCGGCGUCAACUUCUACAACGGUUGGAGCUCCUUCAACCCGCUGCUGGUGCACAAGCAUGGCCUGGCUGCCACCCGGUCCAACCCCAAGCUCUGCUCCCUCACCGUCAAGGGAAUGGCACUGGCUGCUCGGCUGUUUGAGGGCGCACUGCUGCGAGGGGCGGUGGCCCCGCUCCAGGGCCCCAGGGCGGAUGAUGCGGUGCGGCAGCACGCAGCGCAGGAUGCCAUGUCCCAGCUGGGCCCUGGAUCAUCAAGCACGGACUCCGACACGUGCAGCAGCGGGGCGGAUGACCCUGCGCGCUGGCCGGUACGAGGUUCCCCCAGCCGUUUGUCACAGGCACAAGACUGCGGCGCCAGCGAGGAGCGGCCCGGCGCAGGCUGGGACUCGGUCGUCGACCUGUCCCAGAUGGACGAGGACGAGGGCGUGCCGGGGUCGCAGCGCUGCCCCGCAACCCACCAUCCCGGACCCUGCGCCUCGCAGCCGGAGGUGCUGAGUCAGCCGCUGGUGGAGCGCCUGGCGGCUGCCCUCGACCGCGCCAGGAUGAACGGGGCCGUCGCAUCGCUGCCCGUCCAGCCCGGCGCGACGACCUGCAGACCGAGCCCACCGCCUCCCCCGGCCGGUGCCUGCGUUCCAGACGCUGCCCCCCCCUCCCCACGGGCCCCAGCGCCACUCCAGGCUGCCGCCACGCUGGCGGGCGCCCCGCCGCCCCGGGCCUCCUCGCCGCCCUGUGCCGCGGGCGGCUGCGUCGCCGCCUCCGAGCGCCUGCCCCCUCUUCACCCGGGGGCCGCGUUUGAGGCUCAGUACGACAUCAUCUUCCUGCUGGACGCCCGCGAGGUCUUCACACGAGCCGCCGACCAGGGCCGGUCAGAGGCCCUGGCGCAACACCUGGCUCGCCUCCGCGCCAUGGGCCUGGUGGUGGAGGAGCGGACGCUGCCCGCGGGGGACGGGCUCUGGAUCGCGCGCUCCAAGGCUGAUCCGACGCGGGAGUGGGUGCUGGACUACAUCAUGGAGAGGAAGAGCUACACAGACCUGAUCCAGUCCAUUCGGGGCGACAACCGCUACGAAUCCCAGAAGUUUGCCCUGAAGCGAUGUGGGCUGCGCCACGUCUUCUACCUGCUGGAGGGGGACCCCGACAUGCUUCCCAGCCCCACGGAGCAGAAGGCCGUGAAAACUGCGGCCGCCGACAUGGAGAUCAUAGACGGCUUCCGCAUCCUGCGCUCCAAGACGGGGCCUCCCGCCCCUGACGUGCUGCCCACCUGGUCGGAAUUCAAGAGCCGGCGCGAGGCGCUGGGGCGGGGCUCCAUGAGCCUGGCCGACACCUGGCGCCUGAUGCUGGCCAGCGUCCGCGGCGCGGGGCACGAGGCUGUGGCCGCCAUGGUCCAGCGCCACGCCACCCCCGCCGCCAUGCACGCCGCCAUGCGCGCCGCACAGGCGGGGGGCGGGGCGGCGGCCGCGCGGCGGCUGCUCGCCCCCUUGGCGCCGAGGCCCGGCAGCCGCGCCGUGGGCGAGGGCUCCGCGGCCCGUAUCUACGAUACCCUCUUUGCCCUGGAAGACCAGGCAGCUGGGGACGGCGCCGUGCUUGCAAAGGUGGAUUGGGGCAUGGGCUGCGGCUGA